UUGGCGCAGUCUCACCACUCUGCGGUUAGCAUAUUGUCACCCGAUAUCCCGCGGCUACGUGUUACAUUUUAUGAGUUUCCUGUCAAGGUAAUUUGCUACCUGCCAUCGCCUUUUGGAGGGAUAGACAUAACUCAUCGAUCGUUUCCCGUGUGACGUACACUCAGCGUUCUACAUAAAGCCGCGAAUUCGGAGCACGAAUCUUCCAAAUACCACAUCUGACGCGUGAAAGCCAUGGCGCUAGCACCUAACGGUUUACUGUGUUUUGUCCUAAUGACGAUUUUGAUCAACAGAUCUCUAAUGUCUCCUGUAGCGAAACAACAUACGGCAGCGUUUGAUGAGAUAGCCAGAGUCAAUAAGAAUUAUGCUAAGUAUCAAGCAGGCACGGUGUGGCAAGUGGAUAUGAAACUCCCAAAAAGGAAUUUAGGGAGAAAGGGGGUUGAUGGCUCCGCUCCCAUACGAGACAGGACAAGCUUAUGGCCUAAAGGGGUGAUACCAUAUACAAUAGCAUACAGCAUUCCCGGAAACAGCAAAAUUCGUCAACUUCUAUCAGAUGCCAUGGCAGAAUGGGAAAAACAUACGUGUAUCAAAUUCGUAGAAAGAGAGAAUCAGGCCGAUUACGUGGAGUUUUACUACGGAGAAGGUUGUAACUCUGAUGUUGGCCGAGUUGGUGGUAGACAAACCACUUCCCUAGGACGAGGAUGCGCGCACCAUGGCAUUGUGGUCCAUGAACUGGGGCAUUUGAUUGGUUUUUGGCACGAGCAGAACCGCCCCGAUAGAGAUAACUACAUUAUAAUAAAGGAGGAGAACAUAAUACCCAAGUUCAAGUUCGCGUUUGAUAAAUACAGUUCACGGAAGAUUGACAGUCUUGGUGUGGAGUACGACUACAAGUCCGUCAUGCACUAUGGCGAAAAAGCCUUCACUAAAAACGGUUUACCGACCAUCGUGGCGCGACAAUCGUCCAUAACAACGUUUGGAAACUCUCACUUAAGUUCACUGGACAUCCAGCAAGCAAACCUCCUGUACAGGUGUCCAGAUUAUCCAAAUUUCCCGAAAGAUUUUGUUUGGAGCAGCAAUGGGCCAAUGAGAAAGAAUGCGACUUAUAAUAUCUAUGCCAGAUGUAUUCGAAUAUCUCAUCAUCGAUCAACUAGCUGGAGCGACAAUUAUUUGUGCUACAGAAGGGACAAGAAGUCUCUCUCGCUCAGUUUUUCAGGCAGAGGACCCGUACCUGGCAAAAAGUGCAUCCAACUUCGCAUACCAACAAAAUCCCAUUACGAGAGCUGGGCCAGAUCUUACUUCUGUUGGCCGCACGAUGGUAUUUACAAAUUCAAGUGGUUAACACAUGCGCCAACUGCCGAGGAGAGACCCAAUUGUUUGGAAUUGUGUGAACCACGCGAUCCGACUUGGGGUCGUAACAAAUAUUUCUUGUGUGCUACAAAAGAUCGACAACCUAUUGAUGGCAAUUGGACCAGAUGGAGACCAUGGACAACAUGCACACGUAAGUGUGGAGGGGGAGUUCAGAGUCGCCUUCGCUCCUGCACCAAUCCUCAACCGUCCUUCGGGGGUCGUUACUGUGUGGGCAAGGCCUCCGAAGCAAGGAUGUGUAACACACAAGAGUGCGCAGAAUGGCCAAAAUUCCCGGAAGACUUCAGCUUCGUUCGAAAACCAAGAGCAGGCUCAAAUGAAACGUGCAUACGAAUAUUCGAGCGAUUGGACUAUUUCGCCUUUAAGGACUUCCUACUAUGCUCGGCGGCGGACAAGAGGCAGCCAGAAAUGCGCUGGUCAGACAAAGGGGAUGUCAAAUACAUGGAGUGUACACGAAUCCUUGUUCCUAAGGAUGCACGUAGAGGUCGUUGGGACGAUAACUAUUUGUGUAUUGCAGCGAACAGUGGGUUUCCUUACAGAUUUGUGUGGUCUUAUUCGAACCAGAUUCCAGGCUUACCUUGUAUGAGAUGGUAUGCGAAGAACGGGAGAAGUGGUUGGAAUGAAACGUAUCUGUGCGCUGAGGAUCGCUUUAAGUCUACAGCGAUUCCAGAGCGCAUCAUAAAUGGUGGUUGGUCGCUGUGGACUUCAUGGAACACUUGCAGUAAAAGCUGCGAUGGCGGUAAACAGCGUAGAGUACGGUUAUGCGAUAAUCCAAAACCCAAUAGAAACGGUCGUCCUUGCCAGGGCAAACAUUUGGAUGAGAGGAGAUGCAAUGAGCAGAAAUGCCCGUCCGCUUGUGGCACUGAGUUCCGAGCAGUCAGCGGAAGAUUUAACUCACCUAACUAUCCGAAGCCUUAUCCGGGAAAAAUGAAGUGCGAGUGGAUUAUUCGUGUGCCGGAUGGACAAAGAAUUCAACUCAAGUUCCUCUUCUUUAAUAUUUACGGCCCAAAAUGCGACGAUUCGGUCGUAGUGUACGAUGGCCAAACUGUCUCGUCCCGUCGUUUCGGCAAGUACUGUGGCUCCAAACUCCCGCCCGUUCUUCAUUCAAGUUCUAACGUUCUGCUCGUUAAAUUCCACUCAAACCUACAGCGAGGUUACUAUGGGUUUAACGCCAAAUGGGAAGCGAAGAAGGUGGAAGUAAUGGAAACUGCAAAUGAGUGCGGGCGGCAGAUAACGGGGUCUUCUGGGACACUGUCCAGUCCCGGAUUUCCAGGCAGCUAUCCUCCCAACUUAGACUGUGUCUGGGUAAUUACUGUUCCACGUGGCAACCAUAUUGAGCUCAAAUUUAAAGUAUUUGACAUACAUAAAGUUGUACGUAGAGGUUGCCGAUACGAUUACAUCGAAGUACGUGAUGGUAACUCUCGGAAUUCACCGUCAUUGGGAAGACACUGUGGAAAAUCAGUUGAUGAAAAGUUUCAAACUGUGUCCAACCACGUUCGCAUCCGUCUGCACUCGGACGGUUCUCACGAGAGGCAAGGAUUUGUUCUUACAUGGAGGAGUCUCCGAAGACUCGUCGUCACGCAGGAGCCAACCACAAAACCAUUAUGUCCUCGUGGGUGGGUUUCCCAUCUAAUGAACGGCACAGACAUGGUGUACUGUUACCUGGUCAGACAUAACAUGCACACGUGGUACAUGGCAAGAAAUGAUUGCAUUGGAUCACGCUCUGACUUGCUGAGCAUCAGUAACGCCAAAGAACAAGAAUUUGUGACCAAACAUUUGCUGGCCGAGUCAUUCAUGUGGAUUGGCUACAAUGAUAUACAAAGAGAAGGACAAUGGGCGUGGAGUGACAGAACUCAUCAAAGUUAUAAAAACUGGGCUACGGGUGAUCCAAACAAUGGAGGUCAGUAUAGAAAAAAAGACGAAGACUGCGCUGUCUUAAAGUCCAAUGGAAAGUGGAAUGACUACCCGUGCACCACACGCUUCAAGUACAUCUGCAAGGCGAGAGCAAGUCGUUUGUCUGUCGAGGGGCUGCACUCCAGGAGGCGAGAUCAAAGAUAAAAGACAACCAUUCAUUAAAGCUCUCUAUCGCGAAUUUGUAUGUUUUUUUUUUUGUUUUUUUUUUUCACCGCGUAUCGUAUGUGACUAUGAAGACUGGACGGAUUCUCGCCUGGACGUUGUAAAGCAGGUGCUGUGGGAGAAAAAAUGGGAACGGACUUCAUAUCCUACCAUACGCUCCCUCUCCCUUCAAGAGGUUUGGGGGCUAGUCAGAGUGAUAUCGAGAUGGGUUGUAUCAUAAUCAUUGAGGAAAGCGGGAGAGAUUUAUGGACUUUUUCUAUUGUUUAUCAAACAUCAGGAAACGCAUAUGAAGCGGAUAAACAACGCAAAUGAGCGAUAUUGCUUUAACUAAAUCUAGAAACACUUCACAAAGCCACCGUGUCUGUGUUCUGUUGGUUUGCCACCCUCAGAGUCACGAAGAAAUCACAGUUGUUUUAAAACAUCAUUAUAACCUAUGAGAAAUAUUGUUAAACUGUUGUUUCGGAUGAAAUUAAUUAUACCUACCUAAUUAAACAAUGUACCAUACUUUACGAGUUACCAAAAUAGUGCGGCGUUGACUGAUGCCAUUUUUAGCGCGUAGUUAUCAAUUCGAGCGCAAGAAAAAAGCAUUUCAGCAAUAAAAGACCGACUUCUCUCUCGAAAUACUGUACAGAAUGUAACGAAAUCAUAAGGAAUUAAGAUAGUUGGGUCGUAUCGCAGAAUGUUCUUUCGAUAGAACUCAAAUAACUGCAUUAGCUGCACUAAGUAACUGUUAAAGAGCGCUCGCAAGCGGGUACGCAAGGUGAUCUUGUGCCGACAUCAGUAGUUGAUAUUCUGUAUGUAUUUACGAUAAAAACAACGGUCCCACUAGUCACUGUCUUGAGGUAGCUAACACCACACUAUGCGCUCAUUUAUUUCUGUAAUACUUUAACAAUCUUGUGUAAAAGUGCAACUUAAAACAACACUGCAUCAUGCUAAAAUGUGUGAUAAGUGAAACGAAAAUAAAUAUUUAACUGACAUAUUUCAAA